AUGGAAAACUCAGCACCGUGGUGGCUAAUUUCCGGUCGCCGGCUGGUGUCGGUGUUCCUCCUGGUUCCUCUCCUUCUCUGUCUCAUCUCAACCUCCUCCAUGGGAGCAAGAGUCAACGCCCCAGCCAAAUCCGACUCCUUCUCCCCACCCGACAAUUACCUCUUCGACUGUGGCAGUACUGGGCCCACGACACUUCCCGGCGGCCGCAUCUUCCUCGGCGAUCAGGACACAGGCAAGUACCUUUCCUACAACGGUCGUGAUGUCCAGGUCUCCGCGGCUAACCCCAAGGACCUCCCGUCCCCGAUUUAUGCGUCAGCAAACAUCUUUGAUAGCGCAGCCACUUACACCUUCCAUGUCACCCGGCCUGGCUGGCACUGGAUCCGGCUCCACUUCGCCCCGAUACAGAACGAUCAGCAGGAUCUCAAGGCUGCCAGAUUCAAGGUCAGCACAAGCAACAACCUUGUCCUAAUCCAAGAGUUCCAGAUGAGCCCUGAGAACGCAACCACCUCAUUGAAUGAGUACCUGGUCAAUGUCACCACCGAGAGGUACUCCCUCACUUUCCAACCUACUCAAGGCAGCGUGGCUUACGUCAGUGCGAUCGAGUUCGUGUCCGCGCCUGAUAUUUUGAUAGGUGACAUCGCCUCAUCCGUUUUCCCCAAAGCCGAUUAUUCAGGCCUCCUCAGUAUUGCAUAUCAGACAGUUUACCGGGUCAAUGUUGGUGGGCCUUUGAUUACGGCCCAAAACGAUACCCUGGGGAGGACGUGGGUCUCGGACACACCGUACCUCGACCCCAAGGUUUCCGGCAGCCAAGUGUCGGUGGCACCCAACGUGAUCACCUAUCCAGACGGCGAGUCUCCGCUGAUUGCGCCACCAGUGGUCUACGCAACUGCCAUGCAAAUGGCAGAUGCCAAUGUCGAGGUCCCAAGUUUCAACAUCACCUGGAAACUGAAGAUAGACUCUUCCUUCCAGUACCUGGUCCGCCUUCACUUUGCGGACAUCGUUAGCAAGUCCACAAACGACCUUUACUUCAAUGUCUAUAUCAAUGGCAAGUCGGCCAUUACGGGACUCGACCUCUCCACGGUGGCAGAGGGACUUACCUCCGCCUACUUUGCUGACUUUGUCCUCAACUCCAGCAUGGUCCCGGGUGGCCUUCUCGACCCCCUCAUCAUCCAGGUGGGCCCCAUGCCCAAUGAGAACGCGGGCACCAAGAACGCCCUCCUCAACGGCCUCGAGGUACUCAAGAUGAACAACUCCGUGGGCAGCCUUGAUGGCGAGUUCGGAGUGGACGGUCGUCGCGCCUCGGCCGCUAACGGGACAGUGGCUGCAGUGGGCUUCGCCAUGAUGUUCGGGGCCUUUGUUGGGUUAGGCGCCAUGGCCGUGAAGUGGAAGAAACGACCCCAAGACUGGCACAAGAGCAAGAGUUUCUCUUCGUGGCUCCUCCCCAUCCACGCGGGUGACACAAGCUUCAUGAGCAAAACCUCCCUCGGCUCCCGCAAGUCUCAGGUGUUCUCGUCCACCAUGGGCCUCGGCCGCUACUUCUCUCUCUCCGAGCUGGAAGAUGCCACCGGAAACUGGGACCCAACCCAUAUCAUCGGCGUCGGUGGCUUCGGCAACGUGUACAUCGGCGAGAUCGAUGACUGCCAGAAGGUGGCCGUCAAGCGAGGGAAUCCCCAAUCAGAGCAAGGGAUUAAUGAGUUCCAGACCGAGAUUCAAAUACUGUCUAAGCUCAGGCAUCGCCACCUGGUGUCCCUCAUAGGCUACUGUGACGAGAACUCAGAGAUGAUCCUCGUGUACGAGUACAUGGCCAAUGGCCCAUUCCGUGACCACCUGUAUGGCAAGAACCUGCCCCACCUCACCUGGAAACAGAGACUGGAGAUCUGCAUCGGUUCUGCCCGGGGUCUACACUAUCUGCACACGGGGGCCGCGCAGGGGAUCAUUCACCGCGACGUCAAGACCACUAACAUCUUGCUAGACGAGAAUUUUGUCGCCAAGAUGGCCGAUUUCGGGCUCUCAAAGGAUGCCCCCACGACCGAGCAGACGCAUGUUAGCACGGCCGUCAAGGGAAGCUUCGGUUACCUGGACCCCGAGUACUUCCGCAAGCAGCAACUCACGGAUAAGUCGGAUGUGUAUUCGUUUGGGGUAGUGUUGCUGGAGGCCCUCUGUGCACGGCCCGCCAUAAACCCGGCCCUGCCUAGGGAGCAGGUGAAUCUGGCCGAGUGGGCCAUGCAGUGGAAGAGGAAGGGGUUACUGGACAAGAUAAUUGACCUAACCUUGGUGGGACACAUUAAUCCUGACUCAAUGAACAAGUUUGCCGAGGCGGCCGAGAAAUGCCUGUCCGAAUACGGGGUGGAUAGACCCACUAUGGGAGACGUGCUGUGGAAUUUGGAGUAUGCUCUGCAACUGCAGGAGGCGUCCCCCUCGCCCUCUCAGGGGAACUCAGAUGAGGAGCAGAAUAAGGUGCUUUCCAGCCCCAUAUCGCCUCUUGUUAUGCCACAUGCCGGCGGUGACAACAAGGUAGCUUCAGGUUCUGAUCACGCCGGUAGUAGGGCUGCAGCCGAACUUCCUCUUAUUGAGGAACAUUCCGGUACUGCCAUGUUUGCACAGUUUGCUGCUCUGAAUGGGCGAUAG